GCGCUGUUUUUAAUCACCACAGACACUAUUCAGAGACAAAAUCGUUUAUUUUCUUUAAACUGUCCGUGAGGCGUGUCCCUGUAAGAGUAAGCGAUGUCCACAUCAUGAGCGCGUUCGGCGCGCGGAUGAUAAAGAUCUGCGAGGCGCGCGUCGCGUCGCUUCUGAUGACGCCAUCGACGCGUCAGUAAUGGCUGUGAGCGAGAGAAGCAAGAUUACAGAAGACACCCUCUCCGUGUUUGAUCAGUUUUUCCCUCUCCGAUGUAUUUAAGGUUUAUUUCCAGGGUUUUUUCAGCGAUGGCUGGACCGAGGCCUGUGGUGAUGAGUGGACCGUCUGGAGCUGGCAAGAGCACUCUGCUGAAGAAGCUGCUCCAGGAGUUUGACGGCGUCUUUGGCUUCAGCGUUUCCCAUACGACGCGGAGCCCCCGUCCAGGAGAGGAGAACGGCAAAGAUUAUCAUUAUGUUACCAGGGAAGUGAUGCAGGCGGCCAUAGCAAAGGGGGAAUUUAUUGAAAAUGCUGAAUUUUCAGGGAACAUGUAUGGAACAAGUAAAGCAGCUGUACAGGCUGUUCAAGCCAAAAAUUUGAUUUGCAUUUUGGACAUUGACAUGCAGGGAGUGAAUUACAUCAAGAGAACCGAUCUCAACCCCAUCUAUGUGUCCAUCCAGCCUCCGUCAAUGGAAACCCUGGAAAAACGAUUAAGGGAUAGAAAAACCGAAUCUGAGGAAAGUCUACAAAAACGUUUACGUGCCGCCAAAGUUGACAUGGAAAUAAGUAAAGAGCCAGGUUUAUUUGAUGUACUGAUUAUCAAUGAUGAUCUUGACCUAGCGUAUGGGAAAUUAAAAGACGCUCUUCUUGAGGAAAUCCUGAAGGUCAGAGACACCAACAACUCAUAGCACACGUAAUCCCUGGGUUAAAGAUCAGAAACAUGAAGAUUCAACCAAGAAACACUCUGAAAGUCCUUUUUUUUAUAUAUAUAUAUAUAUAUAUAUAUAUAUAUAUAUAUA